AUAUAUCUAUAAUACUCCGUAUCUAUCUUAUCUGGUAAGUGCAGCAGUGGGAAGGACCCAAAAAUGUGGUGGAACCUUUGAAGAGAUGUGGGAGAUGCGGAGCUUGGUAUCUUAAUUAUGCUGCUGCUGUACCAUCCUGUGCACACAUGAUGGAAAACUGUACAAGCACUCACUCGUAACCAUGCGUGUGGGAAGUAUGAUAAUGGUCGUACUUCCGAUCCCCCACAUGGAUAACUACAGAUUUUUUUCUUGCUCCCAAGUGCAUGUCAUGCACGUCUCCGCUCCUCUUCUUCAACACGCUUUUCAGCUAGAAAUUGAAAAACUAUGUUCCCGAAAUUAUGAGAGUUCGCACAAUAGCUGUCGGUGAGCUAGGUUUCCCACCCUCAUAGAAUCGUGAAGAUACUGUGUGGGCUAGGAGGAGAAGGUAUGGUUGUUGUUGUUGUUGUUUUUUUCUCUCCCUCCCCCUCUACCAGAACUAUCUGUACCUACCAGUACCCAGGAGGCAAAAAAAAAAAAGGGUGCCAUGUCUGAAUUUACGAGAUAUCGGGAAGAGAAUGCCCAAAGCAGUAAAUUUACGAUGCCGUCCAACCCCAUCUUUGCCUCGUGCAUGACACCGGGUGUGGAACUCGGCGACGGGAAAUUCAAGCAGAGAACUCUAGAACUUCUACUUGUGGAAAAAGAUGUGAAUAUCAGCUCGGAAAAGCUGCUUUCCGAGAUAUCACAGGUUGGGAAGAAGAAAAGAAGAAGAAAAAGAAGGGGACACUAAUUUACAUAAACCUUUCUCCCAGUAGGAGAGGCAUCAUAGCCACCCCGGCCCUAUGAUAAUUUCCAUCAUGUUUGUUAUUCGAGUUCUUAUUAUACGCCGUCACAUUUCGUCUAGUUUAGGGUUUACAGUGAGCUGGAUCAAGGUGAGAAGACUAAAAAGUGAGAAUAGAGAUAUCGUAGCGAUGUUUACCUCAGAGGAUCGGGUUUUGAUAGGGUGAAGGGCUGCGAAUGGUGACGUCGAUCGUUGGCACCACAGAGUGACGGACACACAUGCACAAUUGAUUGGGCCAUCUGUUUUUGCAAACGCUUGAGACUCGCUCGAGUGCCCUUUUACCCCUCUCCAAACCUCUGACUCCUGAGGAUCAUGUCAAACCCGGUGACAACUCCCUUGUUUACCAACAACCCCUCGAGGGCCUUUCCGACAGGGUGGCAAAGGGAUGGUUCCUGGAAAUACACGUUCCCGGUGAACCCCUUCACUUGUUCUGAUCCUUCCAAUCCUUCCAGCCCUUUCAAUAGUUCUGCAACAGCAUCUUACCCAUCAAUACAGAUGCAUAUAGUUAGGUUUAGGAUUCUCCGAUCAUUAUCACCACUAGAAUCUCAGCAGCGGCGUCAAGGUUUUCGAAACAAGCGGCUCCAUGGCAAUUGCGGAUUGGUUGGCUUCUGGAACAAGCAUGCUUAGGAGGUUGAGUGAUUCGACCAUAGAAGGCAUUCGUGCUCAGCGAGUUCUAUUCUGGCACGGGAAUCGGGGGGCGAGGGGCCUAAUUACCUUAGGUAAGAGCGCCAUUGUCGGGCAGAAAUAACCAAAGUAUCGUUGGCGGUUUUGAGUGACAAUUCCCCAACGAUUGAUAAUCUUGGUGGCCAGUAUGAGGAAACGAUAUCGGGGUCGUGGGGCUCCACUGCGGAGUAACGGGUUUACCCUGACAUGUUGGGCGCGGUGAUUGAAUAACUUGUUGACAGAGGGGAGGUCCUAGAGUAUAUACGAGAUGGCUCUCGAAGGGCAAAAAAAGGAGUUUAGCAGUUGGGCUUUACGACUUCCCUGUCUGGGGGCAAUGCUAAAGAUUAUUUAUCGUUAUGAUAGAUUCUCCCCUAAAUAAAGACCCCGGAUGGACCCGUGCCGGAAAUUGGCCGAGGCAUCUUUGCUGCCUGUGAGAUGUCACUCGCGGGGCCCCGGACGCGCGGAUAUAGUCCGCCAGAAGACCCAAGUUUACAUCCAAGACAAAAUCGAAUAGCGAUUCGCCGUGGUGGUCACUCACCAUACCUACCCAUCUCAGGACCGACGACCACUCGAGAUAUAUAGAUGAGGUUCGCCAGAACCCGACACCGAAUGUGAUGAGUGAUGGUUUACGGGCUGAGGUUAUGAAUAUAGUGCUGGAAGUGGUAUCUGGAAUGUGAGUAGGGACACCAACAGCUUUCCCCAUCCAAGUGUGGGCUGCUCUGCGGCAUUGUCAAUAAUGAUCUCUAGAUUCCUCCCGGCCCCUCACGCAAUAUUGAGGGGAGCCCUGGGUCAAGUGAUGGUCCAUCGCGGGUGAUUCUGCACGAGACGAAAACAGGGAAAAGGGAAUAUGUACACGGCAACUAUACCACGGAUCAAGGCAUCAAAGAGGAGCAAAUCCCGACUGGCGAUGGAUGUCCCGGUGCGGGUGCCACAUUACAAUUGGUCGCUAUAGCUAUGACACGCCACCCCCGUACGCGUUAGAGAGAGGUCUAGGGCCCGAACACUGAGAACGCCCUAGCGGCAGGGACAGUGCUAGCGUUCCAGUUGGUCCCCCUCUCUCGGCCUUGCCGCGUCCUCUUCCACCAUCCCCCUAUCCACUUGACUCUUCACAAAUACCACUCUCACCAGCCUACACCAUUCCGAGCACCCCCCUAUGAUUUCAGCGAUUUGCUUGACGUAUCUCGGUUUCGAUCUCUCGCCUACUCCCAAUUCCGUCCCCCGUCUGCAACCCGCUUUUUCGUGUACCGGUAUGCUUCCUGUUCUUUGGGGUUACAUACCAGACGAGAAAUCACUAAGGUGCGGUACCACGGGCACCCUGACUACCUAGUGGGCUCGAGAGCCAGAUUAGGAUAUCCAUCACAUUCUCACAAAUCUACAGGUCUCCACGGUGCAGGAGACUUCGGGUUACAGGUGACAGCAGUUGCUUUGUUGGUGAGCGAGAAAUGGGACAUCAAUGCAAUUUUCUGGAAAGAUAAUACGCAGAUUCUGCGGGCAGCUAGAGGAGUGCAUGACAAGGUGCUGAAUGCUUUGUUUGGAUGCAGGGUUAUUGGACCAGACACUGUUGACUAGAAUGGCCGAGCUCCACUCAUGUGGGCCCCAGAGGUGGUAGAGGGAGUUGUGAGGAUACUAUUAGAACGGGGCAAUGCUUACCGGCACAGUGGACACCGAAUAUCGCCAUACAGCGCUCUUGUGGGCCGUCGAGAGGGGGAGGCGGUACGAAGCUAUGGGAUGCCGCCUGAACGACACGAGCCAAACCCAAUACGGCAGACAGAUAUUACCGAAUACCGCGCUCGUGGGCGAGAAGGAACAGACAUGAAGGAGUCGUGAUGAUACAACUAGAAGGGCCAUGUCAUCAUGGGCAUGACAGGUAUAGGGGGUGGAAUAUCAUUUUCCAGGUCUUUGGAUCACCCCCUAGAGGAGUUGUGAUGUUGGUACUAAACCGGAAGAUCAUUGUUCCCAAGUCGAUAGAUGUUGAGGCAUCGCCAACAGAGCUUCCCGAGCUGCCCAAACCUCCCUCUAGGGGAUGUUUGCAUGUUUUAAUUUACACAACCAAAACCCAUUACACCUCG